AUGUCUGAACAUAAUAUGCACGAGAGUCAGUUAAAACAGAAACGUAUGAGAGAAAAAAACUUUACUGAAAAGGAGCUAUUAAUUGACUUGAUAUUGCCUUUUAAGCCAAUUAUUGAAAAUAUUAAAACUGAUGCAUUUUGGAAUAACAAAAAGGCUGAGGUAUGGUCUGAAAUAACUAGCCUCUACAAUUUACAACAAACAUCAGGCAUUCGCAUUGACACACAAUUAAAAAACUUAUAUGAUACUCUUAAAAGAGAUGCUCAAUUUUAA